ACUACUGGGUAUAACAUCUAUCUUAAGGACAGAUCAGAAAGGCCUGGAGGCGGAGUGCUGAAUGCUGUUAAACAUGACAUCCAGUCUAACCGCCGUUUUCACCUCGAAAGAGAUCAAGUCGAAUUAGUAGCUCUUGAACUGUUUAGAGAUAGCUGUAAUCCAGUUAUCCUCUACACAUUUUAUCAUCCAGAUCCUGGUCCUGAUGGCCUAAAUCUUCUGAACCACUCUCUUCAACAAAAUCCCGAAACGGCCUGUAUGGUCUUAGUUGGAGAUUUCAAUCAUCCAUUAACCAAAUGUUUGCUGGACGAGUCUACCUCAAUUACCAUAGGUGGACCAGUAGAAGAGGAAGCUUUCUCUGUCCUUAUGGAUGAUAAUUUUCUCCGUCAGUUUAUCAAAGGUCCAACGCAUAUUGCCGAAAACAAACUUGAUCUUCUUUUAUGUAACUUCUCCGAAGUUAUAGACCAUGUUUCCACUACUACAUGUGCUACCCCGCAAAAUGAUUUCCCAUCUGAUCAUUAUUUGGUGGACUUUUUUAUUUGAAUGAAAUUCGAGCGAUCAAAGCGUGAGCAACGUAAAACGUACGACUACAAAAGGGCAGAUUUUGACGUUCUGCGGAGUCGACUAUAGCUAUUACCCCCUGAUGUGUAACACUCCGUCUCCGACGAUUUUGACAUGUAUUGGUCUCAGUGGAAAGAUUUUUCCUAGCAACAGUUGCUGAAUGUGUCCCAGUGAAGGGACACUUUCAAUAAGCAAUGGAAUCAAGAAACCUGUCCGACAUAAACAUCGCGAUUAUCUCGUUAAAAUUGAAGGCUAUUUAAAGGAAACCCUAAAAUAUUUUGGAAUUUUUUUUAUUGCAUCACAGAGGACACUACUAACAGACACAAGACAGACACU